AUGCGUAAGCAGCCACAACCUACAUUGAUCUUCAGUAACUGGGACAAACUAGACCACCAGACGAAGAACUAUAUCAUCUACUCUGCAGAUAUGAAAAGCAAGAUGAUCAAGAGCUGCAAUGGGGAUGUUGAUUCGAAGCCUCUCUUUCGUUCAAAUUUUUCUCCCUCCGUUGAAGAACUAAUACGGAACAAGACGUUAGAGCCUCAGGUUUGGCCACACCGUGAUCAUAGACGCGCCAACUCAUUUCAUGACAACAGAGAACCAUUUUACCCAUUGCCUUCUGAAAGGGACUGGCCGGUGGAACCCCUGGUCGAACCCCCGGUCAAACCCCAAGUCCAACUCGAACCCCCGGUCAAACCCCAAGUCCAACUCCCGGUUAAGCCCCAGUCGAAACCCUGCAGGUCGAAAUUCAAGGAGAAAUGA